AUGUGGAACAAGUAUUCGUGGAAGAAAGUUGACAUGAAGGAGGUGCAUUUUUACAAUUGUCAAGGGUUUGGUCAUUAUUCACGAUAUUGUUGGAGAAAAAAGGAAUCGGGAGCAAAAGAUAAUGACAAAGUGCAAUAUGCACAUGCUGGAGAAAGCGACUCUAAUGAUAUGCUACUCAUGGCAAAUACAAAGUUGAAUAAUGAACAAACCAAUAUGUGGUACCUGGAUUCACAAUGCAGCAACCGCAUGACUGGUAAUAAAAACCGAUUCACCAAAUUAGAUGAAUCAGUUAUGAAAGUGAUCAAGUUUGCAUAUGGUAGACAUGUCACAUCAACUGGAACAGGAAACAUAGUUGUAUUGCAAAGAGAUGGUCAGAAGGCCAGUAUUGCUGAUGUAUUAUGUGUACCUUCAAUGACAAGUAAUUUGAUAAGCAUAGGUCAAUUACUUGCAAAAGGGUAUAACAUGAAGUUGGAAGACAAUCAGAUGAAUGUGUAUAAUGGUGAGGGAAGGAUGAUUCUGAAAACACCAUUGGUAGAUAACAAAACCUUCAAGAUUUUGAUCCAUGUGUUUGAUCAUAAGUGUCUUGCUUUGACUGUAGUAGAAGACAAGAAUUGGUUAUGCCAUCACAAGUAUGUACACCUAAACUUCAGAGGUCUAGGUAUACUCAACCAGAAGAAGAUGGUGUAUAGCUUACCUCGGGUGAAGAAACCAAGUCUGGUGUGUGAUGAAUGUUGCAAAGCGAAGCAUGCUAGAAAAUCAUUCAAACAUGACUUGUUCAUGAAGUCGAGAGAAAAGCUGGAGCUUGUUUAUUUUGAUGUGUGUGAAUCUUUUGAAGUAAUCAAAUGA